AUGAGAGUCUUUAUAAUCAAACCUGGACCUUUUUCAUUUGUUCAUUCAAUCAUACACUCGAGAUGAAGCACACAGGUAUCCAAUUAGCCUCAAUUGAUGAGCAGACUCCCUUAAGCCAGAAGCAGCAGCAGGAAAUCAACCUCCCGGUUGUUUCACCACAACUCAAUCUCCCUCGUCAAGAUCUACUUGCUGGACCUAGAGAAAAUUACAUCAAAGUUGGCAUCCCUCUAUAUGAAGCAUCAAUUAGAGGUGAUUGGAAAGCUGCUAAAGCCAUCCUUGAUGAAGACAAGGAGUUGGUACGGUCUAGUAUCACUGAAAAUCAUGAAACAGCACUCCACGUUGCAGCAUCAGCAAAAAGAACCAAACGGGUUGAAGAGUUUGUGGAAAAUCUGGUGGAUAUGAUGAAAGACGAGGACUUAGAACUUCAAAAUAGUAGCUACAACACUGCGCUAUGUUUAGCAGCUGCAGCUGGAAAUGUUAAAAUGGUUAAAAUUAUGGUGAAAAAGAACAAGAACUUGCUGACGAUCCCUGGUAGUCAAAAAAUGAUGCCACUCUAUAUGGCUGCUUUAUUUGGAGAUCAUGAUAUGGUGAAGUAUCUCUAUGAUAAUUCCAAGCUGUAUGGCGAUGGUUGGACGCCCCAAAAUCGUGGCUGGCUUCUUCUGAAAUGUGUUGAGUCGGAUCUGUUCGACAUUGCACUACGGAUAUUGAAUGAUUGCCCAGAACUUGCUUCUUAUGGGAGCGUACUUGGAGUUUUGGCUCGAAAGCCGGAUGCAUUUAUUGAAACAAAAUCUAAUAUUAUAUGGGGAAAAAUCAGAUCAAUUUUUGCAGUUGUUGGUCUGAAGGUGGGAGUUCCUGAAAAAGAAAGUGAAGCAUUGCAAUUACUACGAAUCAUUUGGAAAACUAUUGCGAAAAAGCCUAAGAACGUAAUUGAUGACAUAAUCAGAGGGCCGGCUGAUUCAAGUAAGCAAGGUGAGAAGCCAGCUUCUCAAAAGGAAGAUCAAACUCUGCAACUACUAAAACUCAUUUCUGAUAAUAUCGUCAAAAUGCCUGUUGAAAUCCAUAACUUAUUCAACGGGCCUGCUGCAACAACUUCAAAAGUAACAAGAACGCCAUUGAUGGGAAAUACAAAGCAAAAACACUCUUCUCGGAUACUUUUUGUUGCUGCAGAAAUGGGCAAUACUAAAUUUGUGGUGGAGCUCAUCCGUCAAUAUCCUGAUUUGAUAUGGAAGGUAAAUGAUAACAAUCAAAGUAUAUUUCACAUUGCUGUCAAACAUCGACAUGAGGGUAUCUACAACUUAUUGUACGAGAUAGGGUCAAUGAAGGAUCUGAUAACUCCUCUCAAAGAUCAUAAUGACAAUAACAUGUUGCAUUUAGUUGGCAAGAGUGCAAAGACAAAGAGAUUGCAGGAUGUGUCCGGAGUUGCUUUACAAAUGCAACGAGAACUGUUAUGGUUCAAGGAAGUAGAGGCUAUGAUCCCUCCUUCUUAUAGAGAACGGAGGAACAAAGAAGAUCUAACACCGCACGAAUUAUUCACCAAAGAUCACAAAGAUCUAGUUUCAGAAGGUGAGAAGUGGAUGAAAGGAACGGCUAGUCAAUGUAUGGUGGUCGCAACACUUAUUGCCACUAUAGUAUUCUCCGCGGCUUUUACAGUUCCAGGUGGAUACAACCAGGAUGAUGGUAUCCCUUUCUUCUAUCGAAAAAUAACCUUUAUGGUUUUCGUAGUCGCAGAUGCCAUUUCUUUAUUUUCCUCUUCAGCUUCAGUUCUCAUGUUCUUAUCCAUCCUUACGUCUCGCUAUGCUGAGCGCGAUUUCUUGGAAUCCUUACCCAAAAAGUUAAUGUUAGGUCUAACAACUCUUUUUCUCUCUAUAACAGCCAUGACGGUGGCUUUUAGCGUUAGCUUCUUCGUACUUUACCAUAACGAUUUGAUAUGGAUACCAAUUGUUAUCGGCCUAUUAGCCGCUAUGCCGGUUUUACUAUUUGCUUGGCUGCAAUAUCCUCUUUUAGCCGAUGUAAUUCACUCGACAUAUGGUUCUAGGUACCUCUUUAGGCCCAAGAAACUUAUUCUUUACUAUGAAAACCCCAAGUAUUAACCAUUGUAAUGGGUUCAAUUAGAAGAUGUAUUUUUCUAAAAUGCACGAAAGUUGAUGGAUAAUUGUGCAAUUUUACAUGGGCAAAUAUGUUCUGUUAGCAUUGCAGUGAGUUUGAAAUAGGAACAGAAGAGGGACCUUCACUUUGCCUGUUAAAAAGGGGUGUGCAUUGGACGGAUCAAACGGGUUUAGAGAUUGGAAUUCAGAAUGGAAACCAAUGUUGGAAAUAUAAAUGUCAAAACAUAGUAUUUAUUAUAGGUUUAUUAAUUUUAAUUAUAUUUUAAAUAAAUGAGGAUAGUGGACACCUCAUAUGCAGCAAGUUUAGAGAAGUUACAUCACGACGGUUAUGGCAUCCCAUGCCAACCGACGUGAUGGUCUAGGUGGCACCGUUUUGUUGUGUAUAUAAACACUUUGAAUGGUUGAUUGUAAACAUAUCUCU